UCCCGCGCGUCUCUUUUCACUCGCUUCUCCGCCGAAGGCUGAGCCGCCAGAAGUAGAGCUCUGCCGAGUGGUUUGCGGCGCGCACACAAAGGGCACGGGGAAGGCGCCGCCGGAGAGGACCCCGAGGGGCAGCGGAGACCCCAGAGGCCGGCUCUUUCUGGUCGAGAGCCAAGCUCCGGGGCGGCCCUUGCGGAGGGCGGGGAGGAGGGAGCCUGUCCUUUUGGAGGAGGCUACGCAGCGGGCAGUCGGGGCACGCGUGGGAAACGCUCGCGGGAGAGUUGGGGAGGAAUUGAGACUGGGAGCAGAGGGACAAGAAGAGUGGAGCGGAGAGUACUUGGCGGACGGGUGCCCCGAAGCCUGAGGAGUUGGUGCGAAGUCGGGGUGCUUGAAGUGCAGGACGCACUCCUUUGCAGAAGGAGUUCCCUUCCCGCUACCGCCUGCUUGGGGCUGCGGCGGUCGGGCUGUGGAUGCUGGCCGUCUUGGCCGGGAGGGUGACGCACGCCCGGAGGUGAUGGUGGAGGAGUCGGCCCGGGUUCGACGCCGGACUCCCACCCGCCGGCGCGCGGCCGUGGCUCUGCGGAGCGCUCCCCGCCAGGGGGCGGCGCAGCGCGGGGCAAGCGGGAGGCGACGGGCGGCGGCGCGGAGGCCCGGGCGGUGAGGGAGCUGGCUCCAGUCGUGGACCUCACCUCAACUCACCUGGGCUCCUUGUUGCCCCGGAGGAGCCUCCUGGAGUCCAGGAUCGGCGAAGUUCGGAAACGAACUUCCUACGUUUGCUAUGUUGCCCUUUGGAGACAAAACGAGAGAAAUGGUCAAUGCAUGGUUUGCUGAGAGAGUUCACACCAUCCCUGUGUGCAAGGAAGGUAUCAGAGGCCACACCGAAUCUUGCUCUUGUCCCUUGCAGCAGAGUCCUCGUGCAGAUAACAGUGCCCCUGGAACACCAACCAGGAAAAUCUCUGCCUCUGAAUUUGACCGGCCUCUUAGACCCAUUGUUGUCAAGGAUUCUGAGGGAACUGUGAGCUUUCUCUCUGACUCAGAAAAGAAGGAACAGAUGCCUCUAACCCCUCCAAGGUUUGAUCAUGAUGAAGGGGACCAGUGCUCAAGACUCCUGGAAUUAGUGAAGGAUAUUUCUAGUCAUUUGGACGUCACAGCCUUAUGUCACAAAAUUUUCUUGCAUAUCCAUGGACUCAUUUCCGCUGACCGCUAUUCCCUGUUCCUUGUCUGUGAAGACAGCUCCAACGACAAGUUUCUUAUCAGCCGCCUCUUUGAUGUUGCUGAAGGUUCAACACUGGAAGAAGCUUCAAAUAACUGUAUCCGCUUAGAAUGGAACAAAGGCAUUGUGGGACAUGUGGCAGCUUUUGGUGAGCCCUUGAACAUCAAAGAUGCAUAUGAGGAUCCUCGGUUCAAUGCAGAAGUUGACCAAAUUACGGGCUACAAGACACAAAGCAUUCUUUGUAUGCCAAUUAAGAAUCAUAGGGAAGAGGUUGUUGGUGUAGCCCAGGCCAUCAACAAGAAAUCGGGAAAUGGUGGGACAUUUACUGAAAAAGAUGAAAAGGACUUUGCUGCUUAUUUGGCAUUUUGUGGUAUUGUUCUUCAUAAUGCUCAGCUCUAUGAGACUUCACUGCUGGAGAACAAGAGAAAUCAGGUGCUGCUUGACCUUGCUAGUUUAAUUUUUGAAGAACAACAAUCAUUAGAAGUAAUUCUAAAGAAAAUAGCUGCCACCAUUAUCUCUUUCAUGCAAGUACAGAAAUGCACCAUUUUCAUAGUGGAUGAAGAUUGCUCCGAUUCUUUUUCUAGUGUGUUUCACAUGGAGUGUGAGGAAUUAGAAAAAUCAUCUGAUGCAUUAACAAGCAGUAGCUGGACAAAUCCAGUGAAUUGGUGUGAUAGUGACCUCUACUGGGAACAUGAUGCAAACAAAAUCAAUUACAUGUAUGCUCAGUAUGUCAAAAAUACUAUGGAACCACUUAAUAUCCCAGAUGUCAGUAAGGAUAAACGAUUUCCCUGGACAACUGAAAACACAGGAAAUGUAAACCAGCAGUGCAUUAGAAGUUUACUUUGUACACCUAUAAAAAAUGGAAAGAAGAAUAAAGUUAUAGGGGUUUGCCAACUUGUUAAUAAGAUGGAGGAGAAUACUGGUAAGGUUAAGCCUUUCAAUCGAAAUGAUGAACAGUUUCUGGAAGCUUUUGUCAUCUUUUGUGGCUUAGGGAUCCAGAACACGCAGAUGUAUGAAGCGGUGGAGAGAGCCAUGGCCAAGCAAAUGGUCACAUUGGAGGUUCUGUCGUAUCAUGCUUCAGCAGCAGAGGAAGAAACAAGAGAGCUACAGUCGUUAGCGGCUGCUGUGGUACCAUCUGCCCAGACCCUUAAAAUUACUGACUUUAGCUUCAGUGACUUUGAGCUGUCUGAUCUGGAAACAGCACUGUGUACAAUUCGGAUGUUUACUGACCUCAACCUUGUGCAGAACUUCCAGAUGAAACAUGAGGUUCUUUGCAGAUGGAUUUUAAGUGUUAAGAAGAAUUAUCGGAAGAAUGUUGCCUAUCAUAAUUGGAGACAUGCCUUUAAUACAGCUCAGUGCAUGUUUGCUGCUUUAAAAGCUGGCAAAAUUCAGAACAAGCUGACUGACCUAGAGAUACUUGCAUUGCUGAUUGCUGCACUAAGCCAUGAUUUGGAUCACCGUGGUGUGAAUAACUCUUACAUACAACGAAGUGAACAUCCACUUGCUCAGCUCUACUGCCAUUCAAUCAUGGAGCACCAUCAUUUUGACCAGUGCCUGAUGAUUCUCAAUAGUCCAGGCAAUCAGAUUCUCAGUGGCCUCUCCAUUGAAGAAUAUAAGACCACGUUGAAAAUAAUCAAGCAAGCUAUUUUAGCUACAGACCUAGCACUGUAUAUUAAGAGGCGAGGAGAAUUUUUUGAACUUAUAAGAAAAAAUCAAUUCAAUUUGGAAGAUCCACAUCAAAAGGAUUUGUUUUUGGCAAUGCUGAUGACAGCUUGUGAUCUUUCUGCAAUUACAAAACCGUGGCCUAUUCAACAACGGAUAGCAGAACUUGUAGCAACUGAAUUUUUUGAUCAAGGAGACAGAGAGAGAAAAGAACUCAACAUAGAACCCACUGAUCUAAUGAACAGGGAAAAGAAAAACAAAAUCCCAAGUAUGCAAGUUGGGUUCAUAGAUGCCAUCUGCUUGCAACUGUAUGAGGCCCUGACCCAUGUGUCAGAGGACUGUUUCCCUUUGCUAGAUGGCUGCAGGAAGAACAGGCAGAAAUGGCAGGCCCUUGCAGAACAGCAGGAGAAGAUGCUGAUUAAUGGGGAAAGCGGCCAGGCCAAGCGGAACUGAGUGGACCAUUUCAUGCAGAGUUGAAGUUUACAGAGAUGGUGUGUUCUGCAAUAUGCCUAGGUUCUUUACACACUGUCUGUAUAUUGUCUGUAUUUGCUAUAUACUUUGCCACUGCUGUGUUUUUGUUUUUGCACAACUUUUGAGAAUAUAGCAUGAAAUGUUUUUAGCGGAAUAUUACAUAUUUUUUGUAUAUUUGUUUUAUGCCACUGAACUAAAAUGAUCAACAACAUCCACUCUUAGUACCUUGAUAAAAGCAUUGUUUGUGGUAUUUCAUGUACUGCAAAGUGUAAGCGGUAUUCUUGCACUGAGGUUUUUUUGCCUGGGGUUUUAAAAUAAUUGGUUUUUGUGUUUUCUGAAUUACCAGUUUUUCAAGAAUGUUUGGAAUCUUUCCUUUUUCAAAAGAAGGUUAGGAGCAAAUUAUCAUACAUUCUGUGACAUUUAAAGCCUUUAUAGGAUAGUGAAAAAUGCUGGCUGAGUAGAUUUUAAGGAGAAAUAAUUGUAUUUGUCAACAAUGUCUUUUGUAAAAAGUUCAUGUAUUCUGAAACAAUGGGAAGUACAAUGAAACUGUAUUGUAAAGAAAUUAUAUUAUUUAAUUGAUUUGCUGUUUUGUGAGAGAACAGGCAAGAGAGAACUUUGUCAUUUCAGUGCAGUACAUUUUUCUAAAGGCUACCCAUACAAUCACUUCCAUCUCACCUACCUGAAGCAAAGCCGGUAAAACCUUAGGAGAUGAUCCAGUGACUAACUUUAUUGAGGGAUAAGUGUGCUCUAGAAAUGGAAUGUUCAUAUGUCUAUCAGUGAAGAAAAAUGUCCUGUUAGAGGAUAUCGCUAAGAGUUUUUUUUCCUUCUGAGUUUCCUUUUUAAAACAAAAGUGACAGUUGGAACAUUGAUCUAAGUGAGACAUGACUAUAGAUAAGAGAGUACAAAAUGAAUCUUUUUUCUUUUGUCAAUUGAAAUUUAAAGAAAAAUUUUAAUUAUAUAAAUAGCAAAGGGCUAUUGCCAAUACUAGAGUAGAAAAUGAAUUUGAGGGAACAGUGGGUAAGAAACGUUAUGCCUGAAUAACAUUUAGCAGUAUUGUGAUUGAAAAACUGUCAUAUUUUGAUGUAUAGGACAAGUCAACCCUGAUCCAGAGAAGGUUGGAUGUGAAUGCUAAACACUGGCUCUUAACUCGUAUUCAGUGGUAUUUCCUUCCCAUAACAUUUAGUAUAGUUAACAUUUUCUUAGAAUUUGAGCCCAUUUAACUGGAUUAAUAUUCUACAUGUGUGCCCCUAAAUAUACAUUUAUUCAAUGUUGGAGAAGUAGAUAAGCAACUGGUCUAGGAAAGGAAAAUUUGUUUCAAAUAUUCAGGAAUGUUUGGAUUUGGGGAGAGUAGAAGGAGAGAUUUGUUAACUUCUGCCUCCAACCCACAAAAAAGAUAUUUGAUCUGAGUUUCUAUCACUAAUUUGGAUAGAAAAUUUCUUAGGUAUAUGGUAAUGCAGCAUUCUCAAGGACCUUUCACCAAAAUGUGUUUCCCAUCUUUGUCCCUAUUCCCCUAAAUUUUGCCUAAAAUUUAAUGCGUUCCUUUUUUUAAAUUUUAAGUGUGUGUGUGUGUGUGUGUAUCAACAUAAUGUGACUUUAUUUUUAUCACUCUGAUAAAAAAAAAAGAAGCAAAACACAUUGUAUUGCCAUUAUUGUGUAUUUGGUAAAGACUAAUCUAAUCUAGGAAGUUACCAACUGUUUAAUGCUAUAUAUAUUGUUGUAUACUGGUAUUUUCAGGAUAUUUUAUUUUACUUUUUGCCAUACAAACAAAAUGUUUAAGGUUGCCCCUUAGUGGCACUGGUGUGUAAAAUACACAGAUUAUCACUAAAAUAAUAGUUAUAUAUACAUACAGGUGUAUACUUAUGCAUGCACACAUAAAUCCUUAGUAUAGAAAUAUUGCAUAAAGAAUAGCAAUCUUUAAUAAGCCUUUUUAUUACAUUGUGAUUUAGUAGUAAUGCUAAAAUAUGUACUUACACUUUUGUAGUUUGUUUAGUCCCCUCUAGUAUGUGUCACUGAGAAUUUUUUUAAAGACAUAGUAGAUUGUUUAGAAUGUUUAUUUGUGUGUCAUUUUAAUAAGCAAGAAGAUAUAUUUAGAUUAGAAAUGGUUUGGUCUGCCUUUGAAUAAUGUCUAUUUUACUAGUUUAGACAUUAAAAGAAAUAGGGCAAUGCCUAUUUUAUUUUAUUUUUGGAUAUUUUCGUUCAUACAGAAGAGUACGUCUUUAGGGCUGGUUAAUUGGUUCAAAUAAUUUUUAAUUUCCCUUCCAGUAUUCUCUCAAGUUGGAAAAGUAUACAUAUAGUCCUCCUUCACCCUACUCUGUAAUUACAUUACCCAUAACUAGCAAGAAGUUCUUGUUCUAGUUUUUUUGUUUGUUUCAUUAUAACAGAGUAACAUGAUACUAUUUAAUUUCAAUUUUUAACCAGAAUGUUGCCACUAUUUUACUAAUUUGUUAAAAGAUAGCUAUAUGAUUGCCUAGCCUUAUAUUCUUCAGUAGAUUGGACUGUGCCAAUCACAAUCCUGGGUGGAUUUGUGUAAGUCACUUAACCUCUGUGUGCCUAAACAAGUUGUGCUUUUUAAAAAGGAGUUAUGUUUGGCAAAGUCUUUAUCUUCAAGCAGGAUGUCACAGAAGGCAGCUACUUUAUAAGCCCCCAUGGGCCAUGGAGACCACUGUCAGAAAUGGGGUAUUAGUCUAGAGAGAAGGUGAUCUAUCCCCACAUGUCGUUUCUAAUGUUGAGUUUCCAAGACUGAACAAAGACUAUAUAUUUAUUCAGCUUCACUUGCAGAUCACUAGCAAAUGUGAGAUUUAGAACUCUUUGAGUACAUUGCUUCAAGGUACAAACCCAGGAUGAUGACAUUGUCACCAUUGUCUCUAAAUUAUGAAGAAUAAUUUCCUUUAAUAGGAGUAAUAUAGACAAGAAAGUAUACAAAAAUAUACUGGAAAUAUUGGAUUCUUGGAGAAAACUAUUUAGUCACAGACAUAUUCUUGCUUGCAGUGAAGUGCCAUUAUUUUCAGCACAGCAACACAAAUAUUAGACCUCUUCCAAUUUGAUUUACAAUUUUUUUCUGUGCUUUUCACCAGAUUGUACUCCUAAAACUUAACGGGCCAUCACAAGCCAAUUGUCUUUUGUUUACAAGAUAGAUUUAAAACCAGAUAAUAAAAAUGUCAUCAUUAUCCUCUCUAAUGAACAAUUAUAGUCAAAAUAAGGUAGCAUGAUAUAAUUGUUUUGUGUCAUAUAAUUGUCAUGCACUGACCCACCUUUUAUUGAGUCCCUGCCACAUGUUAGGUACUGUGCUCAGCUGUGGACAGAGCAGUGACCUUAAGGAGCUCAUGGUCCCUGAAUGAGGUGCUGGAGAAGAGACUUAUCAGCUUCUGAUACUGCCAAUUUAAUCUGAGAACAUGGGGUGUACUGCAUCACUUCAAUUUUCAUCAAUAACGUAUGUUUUAUGUACCUUCUUUACCUGAAACUUAGUAAGAAUCUACCGGUGAACAAACAUCCUAUCUUGCAAGUAUGGAUCACUUAACAUGUUGAUAGUUGAAGAACACUUUAAAGAGUUUUGUAUUCUUGUAUAUAGUUUAUUUUUUCCAUGUGCUAGCAAGGUAAAGGUUACACAGUUCUUCUGGACUGUUAAAUUGUGCACAGUUUUGGACCCCUUCUGCUCUACUACAGACAGGGAAGAAGAAAGUAUUAAAGUUCACUUUGCCAUUCCAUAUACUUACCUGUGAAAACAUGUCUUAAUGAAUGUUGUUGAAAGCAAUGUAAAUAGUUGAAAAUAUAAAUUUCUAUUACAGUUUAGGAAAAGAAAACUUUAUGAGGCAUCACUAGCCACUGUUAAUAACUAUUUGUAUUCUUAUACCUUUUCAAUAUAUUUGAACAAAUAUAGUUUCUGGCACUAUUUUUAUACUAGGGAAAGGACUUACUAUGUAUAUUAUGCUUAGCUGUUAAGUCAUUUUAAAUAAUCAUGAAUGUUGAUUUCAUUUCUUUCCUUUCCUCCAUCAUGAGAGUCUUCUAUGACAAAAUCACUUUAAAGGAACACUUACCCACCUGAUUCCUGUAUAAAGUUAUGAGAUGGUCGAGGUGGUCUUCCAUUGUACAAACUCUUCACUUGUCAGUGGUUUUCUCAUUCUGCCAUGCUUUGUAAAAAUAAAAAGAAUGAACAAGUA